UAACUAGCUUUGUACACAGGCUGGAUGCAAGAAAAAAACGUCAGCUAACGCUUCUUUCCCCGAUAAGGAAACCAACUUUAGCCAAUAAUAGUAAUCCUGGCUCUUGUUUAUGAGCUUAGUGGGCUAAGAGACCAUGGAGCUAAAUAGCUGGGUAGUUUUGUUCAACCGGAACAAGUUGAACGAGAUGUUGUUAUAAUAAAAACCGGAACCGCUAGUUCACGCUUAGUGAGGACAUUUAGCCGAUUGGGAAUGAGACGUCUGGGUAGCUUGGUCAUUAAUGCCCCCCAAUUAUUCCGCACAAUGUGGUGUGACGUCUCUCCGUUCAAAUUAAAAACCACCUCUGCUUUGCUGUGCACCUCAUCCAUUCAGGGAGACAGAAUUUGCAAUGGGACGGACAGCAGCAAAAAGGCGUUGUUAUCGGACCCUCGGUUGUUUGAAGCCCAGUUUGACGAGCUGGUGACGGAGCUUUCAGAGAGGGACUUAUCUGACCCGGCGCUGGCUGACGCUCUCAGCAGGUUAAGAGAGGUGUUGGUGUACAAUUCCCCUGGAGGCAAGAGGAACCGAGGCCUCUCUGUGAUUGGCUCACUGAGGGAGCUACUCCCGCCCACUGACCUAACACAGGAGACCGUGCAGAGGGCCCUGGUAGUGGGAUGGUGCAUUGAGCUGCUUCAGGCAUUUUUCCUGGUGGCAGAUGAUAUGAUGGAUGGAUCUGUGACUCGGAGAGGACAACCCUGCUGGUACAAAAAGGAUGGGAUUGGUCUGGACGCCAUCAAUGAUUCAUUUCUCUUGGAAUCGUCAAUCUACAGACUGCUGCGCAGACAUUGCAGGGAGCAACCCUACUACGUCCAUUUACUUGAGCUAUUUACUGAGACAUCUUUCCAGACCGAGCUCGGUCAAGCUCUGGACCUCAUGACAGCCCCUCCUGGUCAGAUUGACCUCAGCAGAUUUACAAUGGAAAGGUACAAAGCUAUUGUAAAAUACAAGACUGCAUUUUACUCAUUUUAUCUCCCAGUGGCAGCUUCAAUGUACAUGGCAGGAAUUGAGAGUGAAGAGGAACACAAUAAUGCCAAACACAUCCUACUUGAGAUGGGAGAGUUCUUUCAAAUACAGGAUGACUACUUGGACUGUUACGGAGACCCUGCUGUGACAGGAAAGAUUGGUACUGACAUCCAGGAUAACAAAUGCAGCUGGCUGGUUGUGACGGCCCUCGAAAUUAUGAAUGCCAAGCAGAGAGCAGAGCUGGAGUCAUGUUACGCCCGUCAUGAUGAUGCCUGUGUGGAACAGGUCAAAGCUUUGUACAACACCCUGCAAAUGCCAGCUUUGUACCACAAAUAUGAGGAAGAGAGCUACCAGCGGCUACAGAAACUCAUUGCAUGUCACGCUCAAAAUCUUCCUCACUCAGUCUUCCUCAACUUUGCUCAGAAAAUAUACAAGAGGAACAAGUGAGAGGUCAAACAGUUUCAGAUUCAUCUGCCUGGUUCCAUUUUGGCUUUCUUCAUGACGCACAGAUCAACUCCUCGCCAUUAUUAAAGACGGGUUGUCAAGGACAAGACUGACUCCAAACAGCAUGACCCCAACAGUUUCUUAUUUUGUAGAUAUCUGCUUGUGACUGUCAUUAAACAGCCUGCCUCUUUUGAUCCGUGCUACCUAUUUAUUGAACACAAUCCAUAAUCAACAUUAUGUCUGCUUGUUUCCCCAUUGAAGAAAUGUGACUGAAAUGAUUCACAUAUGCUCUAGCAUUCAUAGUAGUGUGCACUGUUGAGUACAGAGCAGGUAGGGAAACAUAACAGAGAGUAGAAACAGUUUUUAUUAUUUAAAAACAAAUGUAUUAAUUGAUUAGGGACUACAGCUAAUGGUAAAUAUAGCAGAUGCAUACUGUCAAAGGGUAUCUUUAUAAUUCCAUAUAUUUUUAUAUUGCUGCUGUAAAGUCUGUACUGGCCUGAAUGUUAUUUCUUUAAAUAAAUAAUGUGAAGAAUACAUUUCUUUCUAUUA